AUGCGGCAGCUUCACCAGCUCGCUAAAGCGGCCGGGAAGCUGUAUUUUGGCUCCGCCACCGACAAUGGGGAGCUCUCGGACGCGACCUACGUCAGUAUCCUCAAGGAUGCCGACAUGUUCGGCCAGAUCACGCCCGGGAACGGACAGAAAUGGCAGUACACCGAGCCGACUCGGGGUUCCUUCUCGUUCACCGCAGGUGACCAGAUUGCGAGCUUUGCCCAGUCCAACGGCCAGCUACUGAGGUGUCACGCGCUCGUCUGGCACUCCCAGCUACCCAACUGGGUUAGCAGUGGCACCUGGACGGCCGCCGAGUUAACCUCUGUCAUCAAUACGCACAUCGCCAAUGAGGUGGGACACUACAAGGGCCAGUGCUAUGCUUGGGACGUGGUGAACGAGGCUCUCAACGAGGACGGCUCGUAUCGUGACUCGGUGUUCUAUAGGGUCUUGGGCGACUCGUACAUCCCCAUCGCAUUCAAGGCCGCCGCCGCCGCCGACCAGGACACGAAGCUGUACUACAACGACUAUAACAUCGAAGGGAGCGGUUCCAAGCAGCAAGGUACCAUCAAGAUCGUUAAGCUUGUCCAAGACGCCGGGGGUAAGAUCGACGGAGUAGGCAUGCAGGCGCACCUCAUCGUCGGAUCCACGCCUAGCCAGAGCACGCUCGAGAGCGUCAUCAGGUCGUACAUCUCGGCGGGCGUCACUGAGGUGGCCUACACGGAGCUAGACAUCCGCUUCAGCAGCCUACCGCCGAGCGAGUCGGGCCUUCAGCAACAGGCGAGCGAUUAUGGGGCGGUUACGCGGGCGUGCCUGGCGGUCGACGCGUGCGUCGGCAUAACGAUCUGGGACUACACAGACAAGUACAGCUGGAUCCCGUCCGUGUUUCCGGGGUCCGGGGCGGCGCUGCUCUGGGACGAGAACUUCUCGCGGAAGCCGGCGUACAGCACGGUCAGCAGCAUCCUGCGUGCAGCGGCAACAGGCGGCGGCGGAAGCACCGGCAUCCCGACAGCAACUUCAACGGCGCCGGAGCCGACGUCCACGUCUUGCACGGUGGUGAAGUGGGGGCAGUGCGGCGGUAGAGGUUACACGGGAUGCACGGCCUGCGCGUCUGGCUCUACCUGCACCUAUUCGAACGAUUAUUACUCGCAGUGUCUGUGA